CGAUGAGUUUAAAGGGCGAUUUUACACCUAAGGGAGUAUGCGUGCUUGGGUCGCAACGUUUUGCGGCGGUGCAAGCGGACAGACACAGCGUGCAGUUCUUCUCCUUUUCGCAUGAACCCCACGGCCAUGCGCUACUGCCGGAAGCUGUAUCGGUUCUGGCUGCGACUGCGGACGGCCACUACCUUGCCGGAGGAGCUAGCAGUGGGACGUUGUACCUUUGGGAGCUAUCCUCAGGUCGGCUCGUAUGCACAUGGCCUGCACACUACAAGGGUGUUACGACGCUGCUGUUCAUUAACGGCAACUCCAUGUUACUAUCUGGCGGGGAGGACACAAUGCUGCAUGCAUGGCUGCUAGCAGAUUUGCUUGACCCUCUCUUGGGCCUAGACCAGGCAGGCCAUGUAGAGGCGAACCCCAAGCCGCUUCACACGUGGUGCGACCACACAAUGCAGGUAACUGCACUCGCAGCGGGGAUAGGCGAGGCGUCAACGGUUUUGGUCAGCGCCUCUUUGGACCGCACAGUGAAGCUGCGAAGGCUUGCUGACGGUUGCCAGUUAUGCUCGCUGGUGUUGCCGGCGGCCAUAAAUGACAUUGCACUCGAUGCUGGCGAGGAGACAAUUUAUGCGGCUGGCGUGGAUGGCUUUGUGUAUGCUUUAGCACUGGGAGCGGAUAUAGACGUCUCAAGGAGUAGCGCCGCUGCAGUGGUGCCCGCCGCUGGAUUACGUUAUGACGUGCAGGAUGGUCGUGGUUACCAGGUCUUCGUGGGUCACAGCUGUUCAGUGACCUGCCUGACGUUGGCAUCGUUUGACCCUCGUAUGGGCAGAAACGGCAUAGAGAUGCAGUGCAGGAACCACGAGUUGCUAAUAUCUGGCUCUGAUGAUGGCACUGUGCGCAUUUGGGACCUUGACAGUGGGCAGACAGUGCAGGCAGCUUUAAAGAGCGAAGAUUUCCCAGGUCUUCAAUACAAGAUAGAGUAUCUGGAACUGGGUCGGAAGACUUGGAAUGGCUGAUGGUCUUCACUAACCUCAAAACGAGCAUGCCAUAGACUGAUGUAGCUACGGGGUGGUUUGACAGGUUACAAGGCAGAUGUACUUAAGGUAUGGGACCCGCCUGGGAAGGUGUUGUUGGUGUCCCUUCGGUCUCGUUAAUCCCAUCGACACGUGUUCUACAUUGUAUGUUGGGUUGGGUAAAUGGUAUGGCUUU